UCCGCUCUAAAAAUAAUAUAUAGAGUUGCAUUAAAAAAAAAAAAAGGUUUAUGACCAAUACCAACAGUAUCACCAUCCAUCAUCAAAGCCUCGCUUUGUCUCCUCAAAUCAACACGUAAUUUCCUCCCUCUUUCCUUCCCACUUUAUCUCCUCCACUAACACGAUGAUCGCCUCUUCUGCUUCUUCCCCUUCCUCUUCCUCCUCUGGAUCUCGGAAGAAGAAGAUGAAGCCCGGCCUGACAGCCCAAGCGGAGACCAAGUGGCGGACCGCCGCACAGGAGCAGGUCUAUGGCCGCCGUCUCCUCGAGGCCCUCCGCUCCAACGGCGGUGCCCCCGCGGGGCCGCGCGCCGUCAAGGAGGCGGCCGACUCCGCCCUCGCGCUCACCGCCCGGGGACAGUCCCGCUGGAGCCGGGCCAUCCUCCUCGGCCGCUGCUGUCCCCGCCGCAAGCUCCUUCUCAAGGCGGGCGGCAGGAUCCGCCGCGGGCGCAGGCAGCCGCGCCCGUCGGCGCCGGUGCCGCAGCAACAGGUGUCGGCCGAGCUGAGGGGGAAGAAAGUGAGGGACCGGCUAUGGGUGCUGGGCCGGCUGGUGCCCGGGUGCCGGAAGCUGUCGGCGUCGGGCCUCCUGGAGGAGGCGGGCGACUACGUGGCGGCGCUGGAGAUGCAAGUGAAGACGAUGAGGGCGCUAACGGAGGCGCUCUCGGCGGCGUCACUGUCCGCGGGGCCCACUGGCGAGCCCGGUACCUGAAUGGUGGUUCGACGGGCUCCACCUACUCCCUAUGUAUUAGCCAAGCCGGAUGGAACCAAUAAUUGAUGUAUAUGAUUGAUGGAGUAUGUAUGCAAAGAUUUACUAAUGUUGGUGGCUAUUUUGUGUAUAAUUGUAAUAUCCUGACACCUGUA